GACAAAAUAUCAAUAACAAAAUGUUCUCUAAGGUUCUGUUCUUCGUUGCCAUGACUGCAGUAGUGGUGGCUCAAGAUCACGGUCACGCGUUCUCAUCAAAUCAUAUCUCACGAUAUGACGGACAUCACGAGGCUGUACACGGACACGGUCAUGGACAUAUUGACUAUUUUACUCAUCCAAAAUAUGAGUUCGAUUAUAAAGUAGAAGAUCAUCAUACUGGAGACCAGAAAUCACAGCAUGAGCACCGCGACGGUGGUGCUGUGAAGGGAAGUUACUCAUUGCACCAACCAGACGGCUCUGUCAGGCAUGUGGAGUACUACGCAGAUGAUCACACCGGAUUUCAUGCAGAUGUAAAGUACAGCACACAUCAUCUUCAUCACCAUUAUUGAAUUAUAUAAAGUCAGUCAUAGUUU